CCCCCGGACGGUGCGCGCGCGUGCGCGGGGAUAAGAGCAAGCCGGGGCUCUCUUGCUGCUGGUGCCGGGCGUGGGCGGCGCGUUGAGCGCCUGAAUGGCUUGGAAAAGUGCGCCCGGAACGGUUGUGCUGAUCCUGGCGCUGUGGAUGCUUCUCGGCUUCGGACUGGGCUUGGAGGCCGCCCCGACCUCGGUCACAACCCGAUCCCCGGCCCAGGCCUCAGGCCCCAGUGCAGGCUCGUGCCUGCCCACCAGCUUCCAGUGCCGCACCAGUGGUUUCUGUGUGCCCCUCAUCUGGCGCUGCGAUGGUGACCAGGAUUGCCCUGAUGGCAGUGAUGAGGAGUGCGAGAUAGAACCGUGUGCCCAGGAUGGGCAGUGCCCGCCACCCACAGGCAGCUCAUGCUCUUGUGACAACAUGGAUGACUGCCCCGAUGGCAUCGACGAGAACUUUCUGAACUGCAGCAGCCAGCCCUGCCGGGACGGGGAGCUCCGUUGCCUACUGGGCAAUUCCUGCAUCCCACACACGUGGUUCUGUGAUGGCCACCCGGACUGUCCCGAUUCCAGCGAUGAGCUUGACUGCGGAACUGAGAUCCACCAGGAAGGCACAUCUGUGGGGACCCCUGUGACCUCUGUGACCCUGGACAAUGUCACGUAUCUCAGGAAUACCACCACCACCUUAGUCAACCACCAGGACUCAGUCCAGUCGGGAAACCGAAAUGCCUAUGGGGCUAUGGCAGCUGCUGGUAUGACGAACAGUGGUGCUAAGCGCAGGCCUGGUUGCUGCCAUCCUGCUUGCGUUUUCCCGGCUGUGUGCCCAGGGGCUCCUGGUGGCCGUGAAGGAGUCCCUGCUGCUGUCAGAGAGGAAGACCUUGCUGCUCUGAGGAUGAGCUCUUGCCAUCACGUUGCCCAGCCCUGAGUGUGGCAGCUAUGGGGACACGCACACUGCUGCUGGCACAGCAGUCCUCAGACAUGGUUCUUCUGGCCACGCGGCACUGCAGACCUGAACUCCUGCAGACGUGACCCUGGACAUUGGAGGUGUCCAGGCCCUCCCCUGGAUGCAAGAAGCUGGAUGGGGAACACACCCCAACUGGAACCAAGGGGCUUGUCCCAGGCUAUUCCCAUGGGUGGCCCUGUGCUUAGACACUCCUACUGCCCCCACCUGAUGGUGGUGAUUAAAGUUACUUCACAUCCUC